GGCUGGGGGGAGGCCUGGAGCCUUUCUGGGGCCUGGGGGAUCCUCUUGCACUGGUGGGUGGAGAGAAGUGCCUGCAGCCAACCAGGGUCAGGCUGUGCUCACAGUUUCCUCCGGCAGCAUGUAAAGGCUCCACAAAGGAGUUAGGAGUUCAAAUGAGGCUGCUUCAGACGGAGUGAGAAUGGAGUCCCAGCCCUGAGCGGCACUGCCUGAGCCUCCAGACCUGCAGAGUAAGGCUCCUGCUGAGAGAGAAGGCAGGCUCUGCGAGACCCCAGCAGGACCCCCGGCCAGCUCCCACCUCAUCCCUGCCAUAGCUUUGCUGUGGAGGCAAAGUGAGCAGAGACCAGCAAGGCAGGGUUACUGGGCGGCCGGUUUGGCCUGCAACUCGAGGACCCCUCCUAGAGGCCAUGGAAAGGCUGCCCCACUGACGGCUAAGGUGAAGCAUGUGAGGAGCUGCUCUUGAAGCCAAGUGGGACUGAAGAGGUUUUCAUAGAUUUUGUUCACAAAGAAAAACCAUUUUGCAAGGACCAUGAGGCCGCUGUGUGUGACAUGCUGGUGGCUGGGACUGCUGGCUGCUGUGGGAGCUGCUGUGAGCCAGGAGAACGAUUUUGAAGGCACUGAGGAGGGCACGCCAAGAGAGUUUAUUUACCUGAACAGGUACAAGCGGGCCGGUGAGUCCCCAGACAAGUGUACCUACACCUUCAUUGUGCCCCAGCAGCGUGUCACAGGUGCCAUCUGCGUCAACUCCAAGGAGCCUGAGGUGCUCCUGGAGAACCGAGUGCACAAGCAGGAGCUGGAGCUACUCAACAAUGAGCUGCUCAAGCAGAAGCGGCAGAUUGAGACGCUGCAGCAGCUGGUGGAGGUGGACGGCGGCAUCGUGAGUGAGGUGAAGCUGCUACGCAAAGAGAGUCGCAACAUGAACUCACGGGUCACGCAGCUGUACAUGCAGCUCCUGCAUGAGAUCAUCCGCAAGCGGGACAAUGCACUGGAGCUCUCCCAGCUGGAGAACAGAAUCCUCAACCAGACGGCCGACAUGCUCCAGCUGGCCAGCAAGUACAAAGACCUGGAGCACAAAUACCAGCACCUGGCCACGCUGGCCCACAACCAGUCGGAGAUCAUUGCACAGCUUGAGGAGCACUGCCAGCGGGUGCCUGCUGCCAGACCCGUCCCCCAGCCGCCCCCUGCCACACCACCUCGGGUCUACCAGCCACCCACCUACAACCGUAUCAUCAACCAGAUCUCCACGAAUGAGAUCCAGAGUGACCAGAACUUGAAGGUGCUUCCACCCACUCUGCCCACCAUGCCAACUCUCACCAGCUUCCCGUCCUCCACAGAUAAACCAUCAGGUCCAUGGCGAGAUUGCCUGCAGGCCCUGGAGGAUGGCCACGACACCAGCUCCAUUUACCUGGUGAAGCCAGAGAACACCAACCGCCUCAUGCAGGUGUGGUGUGAGCAGAGACACGACCCUGGGGGCUGGACUGUCAUUCAGAGGCGCCUGGAUGGCUCCGUCAACUUCUUCAGGAACUGGGAGACAUACAAGCAAGGGUUUGGGAACAUUGAUGGUGAAUACUGGUUGGGCCUGGAGAACAUUUACUGGCUGACCAACCAAGGCAACUACAAACUGCUGGUGACCAUGGAGGACUGGUCUGGCCGGAAGGUUUUUGCCGAAUAUGCCAGUUUCCGCCUGGAGCCUGAGAGCGAGUAUUACAAGCUGCGGCUGGGGCGCUACAAUGGCAAUGCUGGUGACUCCUUCACUUGGCACAACGGCAAGCAGUUCACCACCCUGGACAGAGACCAUGAUGUCUACACAGGAAAUUGUGCCCACUACCAGAAGGGAGGCUGGUGGUACAAUGCCUGUGCCCACUCCAACCUCAACGGGGUCUGGUACCGUGGAGGCCACUACCGGAGCCGAUACCAGGACGGAGUCUACUGGGCUGAGUUCCGAGGAGGCUCCUACUCACUCAAGAAAGUGGUGAUGAUGAUCCGGCCCAACCCCAACACCUUCCACUAAGCCAGCUCCUCCCUCCUGACCUCUUGUGACCGUGCCAGGAGCCCAGCCCUGCCACACAGGCCCCAGCACAAAGAACAAGUCUUCACUAGUUCAUUUUGGGGUUGGGAAGCCUGGGAUGCUGGAUUCUAUUUUCCAAAGUCACUGAGGCAGAUAAUGGAACUGAAAUGAUACAGUAUUCUCUGUCCCUACUACUUUUCUUCACACCAGACAGCCCCUCAUAUUUCCAGGACAGGACAGGACUGCAGACAAGUUUUUCUUUAAAUGAAGUCCCCACCUCCACAAUAAAAGCACAACCCCUGCAAAAUACCUUCA